AUGGUCAGAGUAGCAGUGGGCCAGUUGUCCUCCACCUCGUCGUUAUCCACCAAUGUCAAAGCUGUGCUUUCGUUGAUUCACAGAGCACUGUCUGUGGGUGCUGAGAUCUUGUUUCUUCCUGAGGCCUCAGACUACAUUUCUCGAGACGCAAAACACUCGUUGAAGAUAGCCAGGUCGAUUGAGGACUCUGUUUUUGUCAAAAGAAUAGGCCUUGAGCUCCAGAGCCUUGACACAAAGCACAGGUCGCUAGAGGUGUGUGUGGGAGUCCACGAACCUAACAAUGUUCUUCACGCCCAGCACAAAGAUAAUGGCACUCCUAAAGUCAAAAACACAUUGCUCUACUUCAGUAAAGCAGGCAGAAUCGUCUCCAGCUACCAGAAGCUCCAUCUCUACGACGUGAACAUCACCAAUGGCCCCAUCAUGAAGGAGUCCAACUCAGUUGAAAGAGGUGCAUUCAUCCAUCAGCCCUUUCAGAGUGCAGCAGGAGUAUUGGGCCUAGGUAUCUGCUACGAUGUUCGAUUCCCUGAAUUGGCCCUCAAGUUGAGAUCCAGAGGAGCUCAGAUCUUGACCUUUCCCUCAGCGUUCAACACCAAGACAGGAGCAGCUCACUGGGAGCUUUUGGGCAGGGCCAGGGCCAUCGACACCCAGUGUUUUGUUGUGAUGCCAGCGCAAAAGGGGAAACACAAUGUCAACAUCGAAGACGACGACGAGGGCAAUGUCGUUGCAGUUGAGCCCACAGGAAAGAAGAUCACCAGAGUCAGCUACGGUCAUUCUUGCAUCAUCGACCCCUGGGGCACUGUGUUGGCCCAAUGCUCUGAUGUGAAUUACAACAAUGACGAGCCUGAUUUGUGUGUUGCAGACGUCGACCUUGCUGCAUUGAAGAAGGUGAGAGAGGACAUUCCUCUCUGGGACCACAGAAGAACAGAUAUCUUUGGCGAGUAUUUGUUCAACGACAGCUGA